AUGGAUCCUCCAAGAAGAAUGGAUCGUCCCGGUGGGUCGAAGCGUCUCAAGAUCGAUGUAGCAUGCGGUCACUGCAGGCUCAAGAAGGUCAAAUGCGAUGGAGUGAGACCAGUUAGCCACAUUCCAGGACGUGUCCCUUCAGCGCAUGGGCAGAAUGGUGACUAUACCGCGCCUGUCAUGUCAAAUAUACAGAGGCAAGACAGCUCAUCAUCAAUGACAAGCCCGUCGGCAUCGAGAAUAGCAUCUGUUACUGCCAUUGACCCGCACUCCCGAAAUCGUCCCUCAAUUGCACCACCACCACAGCAUGUGUCUCCAGCUACUUCAACCCCAGGGAGUCGAAGGCCCGAUUCUCAUGGCCAGCUUAACGUUGGGGCUUCGGUAACCUCAACCAGUCCUGCUGCGGUUGACUCGAUGACUGCCGUCAUUGAUGAGGGUACUAGCACCGAAGAGUUCUUUGGUAAAAGCAGUGCCGGAUCAUUCACGGCUCAGAUCAAGAAAGCCAUCGAUGUCAGAUUGGGAAAGUCUACGGCUCAUCCAAGUGAAACUGCAUUUAAUUUUGCUCAAUCAAGUGCGGACGCGAUCACCUCUAUUCAAGCUACAUCCCCAGCCCUCUCAUAUGUUCUUCCUCCACGCAGACAGGCUGACCACCUCAUGGAGCUUUACUGGUUCUACGUCGACCCGCUGUAUCCGUUCCUUGAUAGAAAGCGCUGGACCGCUGCGUACAAUGCGAUAUUUGCCGGCACAGUUAUGGAUCUCAAUGAGCGCGUCUUCAUGGCUACUCUCAACGUGAUACUCGCUCUUUCGACUCAACUUCUCGAAUCUCAAUCCUUGGAACAGCGUGAGCAGUCAAGCGAAGCUUUUUUCCGACGAGCACAGGAGCUAUUGCCCAUGAAUCCUUGGGAGCCCGGUUCACUCGAAUUGGUUCAAUGUCUCCUUGUGACGAGUCAGUAUCUACAGAGUACCUAUAAUCCCCAUCAAACGUGGAUGGUGAUCGGGUCUGCUAUCCGGAUGGCACAAGGCUUGGGUCUUCAUUUGCCUGAGACGUCUGCCAGUCGGUCGGAUCCAGGUGAGCGUGAGUUGUUGAGGAGGAUAUGGUACGGAUGUGUUCUCAUGGACCGUAUGGUAUCCGUGACUCACGGUCGUCCAGCUAUGAUCUCACAACAUCCCACAAAUGCUGUUCCACUACCCACUUCAUCAACAACGAACGGGCAGAGCAUAAUACAGAAUCCAGAGUAUUACAGCUUCUUUGUGAGUCCUACACAAAGUAGUCGCUCCAAGGAUAAGGACGCACAUUCAGACUCGGAGAGCGCGGACAGCGAAGAUGAGGAUCUUGAUAGGGUGGUUCAGUUGGACCGCUGUAUCAGUCGCUGGGAGGCAAAGCUGCCGGUCCAUUUGAGAUGGGAUCUGCUAGAGUCGAAUAAAGAUGAGAUAGCUCGAAGGCAGGCCGUAAUCCUUCGCAUGAGGUUUCUUCACGCACGAAUCUUACUUCUCAGACCAGUGCUGUCCAGGUUCUGUCUGACUCAAUCACCGAUAGACAAACGACCAGACGAUAACCUCCAGGCUCGUGUGGUUCAGCAAGGCGCUAUGUUCUGCGUUACUACAGCUCAAAACAUGAUCGAGACUCUCGUCAAGCAUCAGUCAGUAGAUAGCACAGUUGGUCUUCUUCCAGCUUGGUGGUACCGCGUGUAUUAUGUCUACUCUGCUGCUACGGUCUUGAUCGCUGCGAAGUUGAGGUCCGAUGUGUUUUCUGCUGCGGAGAUAGGACGAUCUUGGGGUCAAGCUAUCUCGCUGCUCAAAACACAUGAACAGUUUGGGCAAUCGGCGAGGAGAUGCGUGGCGGCGCUGCAUAUCCUUUCAUCUAAGAUCCUCCUACAGGCUACGCCGCGUGGAUCGCCUGGGCGUGAGAUGUCCAACAAUAUCAAUGGGACAAUGGACCAUACGGCGCAAGGCAAUCAUGUCCCUCAGCAUUUCAUGUCCAACGCGGAGAUCCCCGACCUUGUUCAGCAAUUAGCACAACAAUUUGAUACCCCGAUACCCGAUUUCAACCCACAGGAACUAGCAGACUUCAACUUGGACGUAAACGACAUGUCUUGGCUUAACGACAUCCAAGGAGUGUGGGAACUUUUGAACGAAUAG